ACGACAGUUGUGUACGGGUUGGCAAAGACGUGACAGGGUGGACUGCCUUUUCUAGUCAAGUGUUGAAGCAACCUCAUUCUUUCUAAGAGCGUGUUUACUCUGAAAAAAGACAAACUGGAGCACCUAAACGCGGAUAACAUGAACGAGCUUGAUGACGCCGAGUUGGAGGAUUUGUACGCAUGGAUCGAUCAGAUUCCUCUUAGCCGACCAAAAAGGAACAUUGCCAGGGACUUUUCUGACGGAGUCCUGAUAGCAGAGGUAAUACGACAUUACAUGCCAAAGCUCGUGGAGCUGCACAACUAUACCCCUGCCAAUGCCUCCAAACAGAAGAUGGAGAACUGGUAUUUACUCAACAGGAAAGUCUUCUGCAAACUGCAUUUUGAGCUAACAGAUGAUGUGAUCAGAAGUAUAUGUCGCUGUGAGCCCAAUAUUAUUGAAAGGGUCUUAUAUAUGCUGAGGGUCAAAAUAGACAGGGCAUUAUGGGAAGCGUCCAAAAAUCGCAGCAGAAGAAACUCUUUGUCAAAUGAAAAGCCAGAGGUUGAUCAAGAAUACAAUUCGCCUAGGAGAGGGCCCAAUGACUUCACAGUAAAAAGACCCGGCCCAAGUCAAGGAGUGAAGGGGGCUGGGGCUGUGGUUACCCAGACAGAUUAUGUCCCGCGGGCCGUUUAUGAAGAGAAGGAGCAGGAGUGUUUGGCCAAGGAGGAAACCAUCCAGAUUUUGCAGGCCCAAAAUCCGCCGAUUAGAGCAUUUGCUUCAUUUAAAAGACAUUCGAAUUGA